GGUGGAAAGCCGGUCUCAAGCUGGUUAGGUUGCCCAUCGCCGUGGUAGCAGGUACUCACGUGAAGCGUAUACCCGCUACGUGUGCAGUACACGAUCUGUCUAUUCUAGUCCCCAUAGCUUGUUAUAUUGCUUCGUGCUGGCGUCCACUGCUCAUGGAGAAUAUCAAGGAAGGCUGGUUUAGGGAGACGUGCGCACUGUGGCCCGGUCAGGCGCUCAGCCUUCAGGUCGAAUCGGUGCUUUACCAUCAGAGAUCAAAAUUUCAGGAUGUCAUGGUCUUCAAAAGCAAGACAUAUGGCAACGUCUUGGUGUUGGAUGGAGUGAUCCAGUGCACAGAAAGGGAUGAGUUCUCUUACCAAGAAAUGAUUGCAAACCUUCCUCUCUGCAGCCAUCCUAACCCAAAGAAGGUGUUGAUCAUCGGAGGUGGAGAUGGUGGAGUGCUGAGGGAAGUCAUCAAGCACCGUUCAGUAGAGUCAGUUGUACAAUGUGAGAUCGAUGAGGAUGUGAUCAAUGUAUCCAAGAAGUUCUUACCGGAAAUGGCCAAGGGCUUUUUCAGUCCUAAACUGACCUUGAAUGUUGGUGAUGGCUUUGAAUUUAUGAAACAGAACCAGGAUGCCUUUGAUGUCAUCAUCACAGACUCAUCUGACCCUGUUGGUCCCGCUGAGAGUCUGUUUAAAGAGUCAUAUUAUCAGCUUAUGAAGACCGCACUUCGAGAUGGAGGAAUUCUUUGUUGUCAAGGUGAAUGCCAGUGGCUCCAUUUGGACCUCAUCAAGGAGAUGAGAACAUUCUGCAAAUCUCUUUUCCCUGUUGUUGACUAUGCAUACUGUACUAUUCCAACAUACCCCAGCGGUCAGAUAGGCUUCAUGCUUUGCAGUAAAAAUCCGGAAACCAACUUUCGCCAGCCUGAGAGACAGCUAACAUCAGAGGAGGUCGAGAGCAUGAAACUUAAAUACUACAAUUCAGAGAUUCACAGAGCUGCAUUUGUUCUACCAGAGUUUGCUAGAAAGGUGCUGAGUGAAGCCUAAACCUGUGUGAAGGCAGCCUUUUGGAAGAUGACAAGAAAAUCUCUAUGCGGUUAUUGAGCCCGCUUUUCCAUCUCUUUUGACGGAACUGUGGCCAGAGAGGGGCAAGAAGGGGACAGAUAUGUUAAUUUUUCCCUUCAGAGAUUAGACUGCUUAUGUUCUGUUUGGAAAGUUUCCAGUUCCUUGUGAAACCUUGUUUUCCUUUCCUCCCUUUUUUUUUUUUUUAAUUUUUUAUUUUGGCAUUUUAUAUUCACAAGUCAUUUUUUACCCAAUGUUUCCAAAUGACUUUUAUGUUGAUUUCUGAAUAUAGCAAGCAUUGUUCCUCAGCUUGCAUAUAGUCAAACACCUAUCUGUCCAGGCAGGCCAGUUCUUUAACUUUUUUUUUGCAUCAAAAUUGGAAUGUUGUUAGAAAAUGUUGUUUCCUCAAAAAGAUUUGUGUUUGGACUAAGAGAAGUCCAUGGCACAGAUAAGCGCACACUGAUUUUUGGGGAGUUUGUGCUUAUGUUAUGAUCUAUUCCAGAGGACUGACUUGAAAAUAUUCUCACAUGUGUAGCGGAAGAUGCUCAGGUUCCAGAAAUGAACAAACCAGUUUUUAAAGGGAAGUGUUUUAAUGUCUUUAAUGCCUUUUAAAUUUGUUCUGUUGUUCUGAAACACUACCUUUCAUUCUGUUUGAGCAUAUAUGGAGAAACUACUUUCUCAAACAUCUCAGAAUGGCCCCGUUUCCAUCUGCAAUGUCUGAGUGGCCUACUUGUGAAUUUCUGCAUUUAAUAAAGCUGAAUUUAAGACUCUU